UAAAAGCAUGUCCACCAUUUCUUCUUUCACAUUCAUAAACUCCAAUUCCAAUAUCUUGUUCCCUUUUCCACUCUCUCCAGCCCCUCCUCCAUCUUCUCGUACUUCCUCUGAGUUGCAGUUACUCCAUCCUUCUUCACAUUACCCUAAAUUGCCUUCCACUUCUGUGAUUCGCUCAAUUUCUUCAAGAAAAUCUCUAAUCCACCUUUGUUGUAAAUCCCCUGAAGCGGAAGAGCUGUACUCGCCGGAAGACGAGUGGCUCCAGAAGCUUCCCGAUAAGAAGAAGCCCCUUUAUUCGCACAGCUUACCUUGCAUUGAGGCUUGGUUGCAGAAUCUAGGUUUUUGUCAAAGCAACGACGAUAGGGCUCUUUGGUUUAUUCAGAAGCCAGAUUGGCACGCUCAACUCUCUCUCGACAUCACUGACCUCUAUAUAAGAAUGAAGAUUCGAUUAUUGUGCAGGUAUUUGAAGAGUGGACCAGGAAACCUUGAAAAGGAUGUGGAAAGGAGGUUCAGCUACGCUCUGAGCAGAGAAGACAUAGAGAAUGCUGUCCUUGGAGGACCAUAGCCAUUUUAUUUUCCAUAUUUUCCACCAUUUUAUUUUCCAGCUACCAAAUAUAUGUAUAUUUGACUAAGGCUCCCGAAGUUAAAGUACCCUAUCAUGAAUGGAAAAAGAUGGUGUUUUACAAUUUGACUGGGAAAGUGGGAUUCAAAAGUAGAUUUCAAGAAUUAUUUAGGCUGUUUGGAUUGGUAAUAGAAAAAGUAGUUUAUUUUUAAUUUAACUUAUGAAAAAAUUAGAUUGGAUAAUGUGAUUUAUGUUUAAAGGAGUUUUUAUAAGUAAGUUAGUUUGAAUGAGUAAGUUGUUUGGAUUAUGAUUAAA